UUGUACGAAACAAUUGUGUAGGUGCCAGUCCCGGUGCAGCUGACGGCCCCAGAACACUGAGUCUUCGCGUCGCUCUCCUCUCCACGUUUCUUCCUACACACGAGGUGUCAUUCAAAUAUGGCAAUGAAAGGCAAGUUUUGUUUUGCCAUAGACCGUGGUGGGACCUUCACAGACGUGUAUGGUGUGUGUCCCAGCGGGGAAGUGAGGGUGCUGAAGCUGCUCUCCGUCGACCCCACCAACUACCUCGACUCCCCCACUGAAGGCAUCCGCAGGAUUAUUGAACAGGAAACUGGAAAGAGUAUUCCUCGAGCUUCUCAAAUAGAAACAAACGAUAUAGGUUGGAUACGUAUGGGGACGACUGUAGCUACAAAUGCCCUCUUGGAACGAAAAGGAGAGAGGAUGGCUUUAGCCAUAACAGAGGGCUUUAAAGAUCUUCUUCAUAUUGGUAACCAAGCUCGACCAAAUAUAUUUGAUUUAGAAAUAGUGUGUCCUGACGUUCUUUAUGAGGAAGUGAUUGAAGUGCGUGAACGAGUGGUACCACGGCAAGACACGAGUAAAGGUGAAGCUCUUGAUAAUAACUGGAGUUUGACCAAGGGAUCAACUGGUGAUGAAAUGCUGAUAACAAAAGAGCUGGAUGAGGCUAAGCUCCAAGAAGAUUUAAAAGAAAUUUUACAAAAGGGCAUUAGGUCUCUAGCAGUAGUGUUAAUACAUUCUUACAUGUAUAAGGAUCACGAGGAAAGAGUUGGGGCCAUUGCUAAUGAAUUGGGUUUCAGUCACGUGUCACUCUCCUCUCACGUCAUUCCUAUGGUGAAGGUGGUCCCUCGUGGCUUCACUGCUUGCUCUGAUGCUUACCUUACACCCCACAUCAGAUCUUAUUUGAAGGGAUUUUCUGCUGGUUUCAAGAAUCAUUUAAAAGGAGUCAAUGUUCUUUUCAUGCAAAGUGAUGGAGGACUAACACAGAUGAAUAGGUUCAUUGGGUCUCGAGCUAUUCUCUCGGGACCUGCGGGUGGUGUUGUUGGCUAUGCUAUGACCAGUUAUAAGGAUCUUGGUUGCCAACCUGUCAUUGGAUUUGACAUGGGAGGAACGUCUACUGAUGUGUCUCGUUAUGCUGGUGAAUAUGAGCAUGUAUUUGAAAGCACAACAGCUGGCGUAACUAUUCAGGCUCCACAGUUAGAUGUGAAUACUGUGGCAGCUGGUGGUGGAUCUCGGCUAUUCUUUCGCUCAGGAAUGUUUAUUGUUGGGCCAGAGUCUGCUGGAGCUCAUCCAGGUCCAGUAUGCUACAAAAAGGGUGGUUUAUUAGCUGUUACUGAUGCAAAUCUGGUUUUGGGUCGGCUCUUACCACAAUACUUCCCAAAGAUAUUUGGUCCCAAAGAAAAUGAACCACUUGAUAAAGAAAGUUCAAUGGAAGCUUUCAAAAAAUUGGCCGAUCAGGUGAAUAGCUAUGACUCUGAUAUUAAGAAAAGUCUUGGUAUAGAGGAAAUAGCAAUGGGCUUCAUUCGUGUUGCUAAUGAAGCCAUGUGUCGACCAAUCAGAGCUCUCACACAGGCAAAGGGACAUGACACAUCACAUCACGUGCUAGCUGUAUUUGGCGGAGCUGGUGGCCAGCAUGCGUGUGCUGUGGCACGAGCACUGGGAAUGCAGACUGUAAUGAUCCACAAAUAUGCUGGGAUUCUUUCAGCAUAUGGGAUGGCUCUUGCAGAUGUAGUACAUGAAAUACAAGAACCAUGUUCUAAAACCUAUGAAUCAGCACACUUCCUUUAUCUGGAUUCCCGACUUGAAGCAUUGGAGAAAGAAUGUAUUGACUCCCUGAAGAUGCAGGGAUUUUCUUCCACAAAUAUUGUUUGUGAAGCAUACUUGAAUCUUCGUUAUCAAGGAACAGAUUGCGCACUCAUGUGCACAGCUGUAAAAGAUGGGCUGAUGGGCAAAAAUAAUGCAUGCAGUUAUGGUGAUUUCAAAAAGGCUUUUGUAGAAAGGUACAAGAGAGAAUUUGGUUUCAUCAUUGAUGACAGACAAAUAAUUGUGGAUGAUAUUCGAGUUCGAGGAAUUGGAAAGUCAAUGAUACAAAUAGAUGAAAAAGUAUCACAUGCUGAAGGAGAACCAAAGGUAGAAACUGUAACAGGUGUCUUCUUUGAAGAUGGCUGGUUAGAGACUAAAGUGUACAUGUUGUCAUCUUUGGCAUUUGGACAUACUAUAGUUGGACCAGCCAUUAUCAUGGACAAGUUGUCAACUAUAUUGAUUGAGCCAGACUGUGUAGGUCACAUCACAUCUAAGGGCGAUGUACAAAUAAAAAUUGGAAAUUCCCCCAAAAAAGUAAUUGGAACCGAGCUUGAUGCAAUUCAGCUAUCAAUUUUCUCACAUCGAUUCAUGAGUCUGGCAGAACAAAUGGGGAGGAUUUUGCAAAGAACAUCCAUUUCAACAAACAUCAAAGAACGACUUGACUUCUCGUGUGCAUUGUUUGGUCCUGAUGGUGGAUUGGUGUCCAAUGCUCCUCAUAUUCCAGUUCAUUUAGGAGCUAUGCAAGAAACUGUACAGUAUCAGCUGCGGGUGCUGGGACACAACCUGAAAGAUGGGGAUGUGUUGCUCUCUAAUCAUCCAUCUGCAGGAGGCUCACACUUGCCUGAUCUUACUGUUAUCACUCCAGUUUUUUACAAGAGUGUACGUCAUCCUGUGUUUUAUGUAGCUAGUCGUGGUCACCAUGCUGAUAUUGGAGGCAUCACUCCAGGCUCAAUGCCACCACAUUCUACUUCCAUACAAGAAGAAGGAGCAGUCUUUUUAACAUUCAAACUUGUUGAUCAAGGCAUCUUUCAGGAAGAAAAACUGAUUGAAGCUCUUAUGGCUCCAAGUAAGAUUCCUGGAUCAUCUGGAACUCGUAAUCUGCAGGAUAACCUUUCAGAUCUUCGAGCUCAAGUUGCAGCCAAUCACAGAGGAAUCCAACUUGUAAAUGAGCUAAUUGACUACUAUGGCUUAGAUGUGGUUCAAGCAUAUAUGAGCCAUAUUCAAUCAAGUGCUGAACUAGCUGUUCAAGAGCUUUUAAAGGAAGUUGGGUCUCGUAUCUUUAGGAAAACAGGCAUUGCUUCACUUCAUGCAAUUGAUUACAUGGAUGAUGGCUCGCCUAUUGAACUGACAGUAAACAUCAACAUUGAAAAGGGAACAGCUGUGUUUGAUUUUGAAGGCACUGGACCUGAAGUUUGGGGCAAUUGUAAUGCACCAAAGGCCAUCACUGUUUCAGCUGUAAUUUAUUGCCUUCGUUCCAUGGUUGGUUAUGAUGUACCUCUCAAUCAGGGCUGUCUAAAGCCAGUGACAAUUAAGAUACCUUCAGGAUGCAUAUUAGAUCCAUCACCAGAUGCUGCAGUUGUGGGUGGUAACGUGCAAACAUCGCAGAGAGUAGUUGAUGUAAUUCUUCGUGCCUUUAAUGCUUGUGCGGCAUCCCAGGGCUGUAUGAAUAACAUCACAUUUGGUGAUGAGAGCGUGGGAUACUAUGAGACAGUGGCUGGAGGUGCAGGAGCGGGCCCAUCAUGGCAUGGUCGUAGUGGCAUUCAUGUCCACAUGACAAAUACUAGGAUUACAGAUCCUGAGAUACUGGAAUCACGUUAUCCUGUUAUCCUCAAUAAAUUCACGCUAAAUCCAGAAACGGGUGGAAGAGGAAAAUUCAGAGGUGGUGAUGGUGUAAUUAGAGAGUUGGUAUUUCGACGUCCUUUGACACUAUCCAUUCUCACCGAAAGAAGAGUCUUUAAACCUUAUGGACUUGAAGGUGGUGAAGAUGGACAAAGAGGAAAUAAUCUCCUGGUUCGUAAAUGUGGCCGUGUAAUUCGUUUAGGCUCAAAAACAUCUGUGAAAGUUGAGAAGGGAGAUAUGUUCCGGCUACUAACUCCUGGUGGUGGAGGGUAUGGAACUUGCAAGGAAUCAAACAAAGAAGAUGGUUCAAGUCAUUGAAAACCAAGAAGUGUCUCAAUGAAGUUGAGUUAAUUUGUUUGAAUAAAACAAUUUUUACUACAAAUUUUUUAUUAUUUAACAAUGUGAUAUGUAAUACCUAUUUGUCAGUUUUUUAUCUCGACACCAUUUUUUUCAUUUCACAUGAUCCCUACAAGAUAUCUAUCUUGACUAAGAUCCUGUCAAACAACAGAGGUCCUAUUAUCAAAUAGAAAAAUACAAUAUUAAAGUAAUCCAAUUCAUAGGUCAAAUAUUUGAGUAUUUUAAUUAACUUUGGCUGUGAAUGAUCACUUCAGGCAUUUGACUAAAUUCUAAAGUAUCAAAUUAACAAUGUAGUAAAUUUGCUACUUUCCUGUACAUGGGAAAAGCAACAAUUUCUGGUACAGAAAGUCUUAAAGCCCUCAAUUGUCAGGUAACUACAAUCAGCCUGCCUAUUUCUCUUUACAUUGCUCUUGUCCUUAACUGUUAGUACCCACAAAUGUUUGAUUUUACCCAGCAAACUAAUUUUCUCUUAUUGUGAUGGAUGCUGCUUAACAUUUGCAGAUCCAGAAGAUUAAAAAUUAAAUUAUCAAGUUUAAGUUGCAUUAAAAUCUCAUCUUUUCCAUUAUCAAACAUCCAAGGUUACUAACCUUAUCACCACAAGCCAACCUUAUACAUUAUAUUGGGCUAGAGCAGAUCUGCUUCAGUCUCCAAUUUUAAAUUUAUUCACCUCCACGAGUUUAUUCUCUACCAUUAACACAACGUCUCAGGAAAUUCUUACAGUGUGCAUCCCUAACCUCUUCCACCUACCAGUCUUUAUCCCUUUUCCUCACUUAUCCAACCACUUGGGCUGGAUGGUAGAGCGACGGUCUUGCUUCAUGCAGGUCGACGUUCAAUCCCCGACUGUCAAAGUGGUUGGGCACCAUUCCCCCCCCACCCCCGUUCCAUCCCAAAUCCUUAUCCUGACCCCCUUCCAAGUGCUGUAUAGUCAUAAUGGCUUAGCACUUUCCCCUGAUAGUUACCUGCCUUUCCCACUUCUUGGGGGCUGGAAGAUAGUAAUCUAGGCUAAUAUAUCCAAGCUAACCACAUACUACAACAAUUCUUACUCUUGUGCUCUUUUGGUUUACUUUAAGCUGCCUUCAUUGUUCAAUAUAUAACUGGGUUUAAUGUCUCCACCAGGCAUAUUAUGGGGUCUGAGGUUUGGCAUUUAUUAUUUUCUACCAUUUCUUUAAGCAACAAUGUUAAAAUCUUGUUUGCACUACAUUUGAUAAAUGAAAUAGUAACUACAAGCCAAGAUAUACAUUAAACUUUUUUUUUUUUUACCUUAAAUAAGGACUAAUAAUGUAUCUAAACCCAAGUAAGCAACCACUUGUAUAGUAAGUUUAAAUACUGAACUAAAUAUAAUCAGUUAAGGAACAAACUGCAAUGGGUAGCCAACAUAGCAAACAAUCACCUUGACAAAAGGGGUUCUUCAACUGAAGAUAAAUGAUCAAACUAAAAAUUUGCAAGUACUGUACUAAUUGGGCAGCCAAAUGGUGACAAGACUACAUGUAAAUUUAACUUUAUCAAUAUUAAACACUAAAAUGGUAA